GUCGAGUGAAUCAGUGUGUACAAGUGAGAAAUAGUCCCAAGGACUUGAAGGACAUACGCUUGAACAGUCGCAGUGUCCUGGAAAUAAUGGAUUACCAGUGUUGAUACUCGAAAGGAUAACGGAUACCCAGUGUCGAUUUCAGUUCUACGAAAGCUGAAACUGCGUACUGAAUAAUCCUGCCAGAAUGGCAAGGAAAGUGAUUUAUUUGUCCGUGUGGCUGCUCCUAAUCGGCCAUGUGUGGGCCGAGGAAGGGGAUCUAGUGAUGAACGAUGAGGAUGACGAGGAUAUAAACCCCCUCGUCCAGGCCGUACCGGAUGCCGUCGAUAACGAAGUCGGCCGCGAUGAGCGCCACAUAAGCUUCUCGUUUCGGAAUGCACCCCCAGUGAGCGCCCGGUACAGUUACGCCGGAUCUGCUGGAGGAGUAGGACCAGGAUACGGUGGUGGUGGCAUCAAGACAUCGGCCAGUGGCGCAGGGUACGGAGGGCUAUUUGCGAACAAACUGCUUGGAGUUUUUGGCAAGGGAAACCAAGGAAACUUUUACGGUCACGUCGGACAGUCUCUGGCUGCCCACGGAAAGUGUGCCGCUCUGGAGCUGCCGCCGAACGUGCAAUCCGAGUGCCACAAUGGUCGCUGUAAGGUCUCUUGUCCAGCUGGAUAUAGCUUCGGCCAGGACAUCCUAGUCCUGGAGAUGUUCUGCAGCAACGAUGGCUGGAUCAUUGGCAACUCCAUAUUCUCCGUAGUGCCACCCUGCCACGCCCGGUGCCAGCCGGCCUGUCAGAACAAUGGCAUCUGUCUCUCAACGGGCGUCUGUCAGUGUCCGGAAAACUAUUACGGACCCGCCUGCCAGACGAAGAAGUCCGUGUGCGCCUCGUUUCCCAAGGCCCCAAAGAACUCUAAGGUCUCCUGCAUGAACAAUGUUUGCCAUGCGGAAUGUAUGCGGGGAUUCAAGUUCCCCGACGGCAGUGGAAUAACCAACAUUGAAUGCCGCGAUGGCCAGUGGGUACACACAAAGACUGGGCUGUCCAAGCCCCCCGACUGUGGCCCCACUUGUGCGCCUGGCUGCGAGAAUGGCGGUCAGUGCAUCAGCUUCAAUGUUUGCCAGUGCUCCAAGAUGUUCCGCGGUGCCCACUGUCAAUAUAACAUCGCCAGCUGCAAUGUGACCAACACAAACUUCAAUGGCAACUACAAGUGCGCCUAUGAGAUGGAGGAGGCACGGUGCACCUUCACCUGUCCCCAGGUGCCCGGUCUAAAAGUCCAAGGACGCUUGGACAUUGAAUACAAGUGCAACUAUCAGCAGGGCCAGUACCUUCCCUCACCGCUUCCCAAGUGCAUAUUUCCUCCUGGCUACACCAUCCGCACCAAAACAUCCUCAAGGGAGGAGCAGCAGGCUGGACGCGUCUAUCAUGGCGGUUAUAGCGGUGAGACGGCCUAUGAAAUACGAUCCGAGCGGGAGCAGCUACUAGCCAUAUUUGCCAAGUACAUGGAUAUGGAGCGAAAAAGCGAAUGGUGGUCAUCGGAGGAGACUGUUGUUACCCCGGGCAGGUAUUCCUUGUACCAGAGCAGCGAGUUGGAUGUGGUUAUAGACAAGACCCCGCGACCCGCUCUCUGCACCACUUGGGGUGGCAUUAAUAUGAAAACCUUUGAUGGCCUGGUGUUCAAGGCUCCUCUGUCUUGCUCGCACACGCUGAUCACGGACAAAGUGUCGGCAACCUUUGACAUAAUUCUGAAGGCGUGUCCCUAUGGUUCCGGCUAUGGUUGCGCCCACACACUGAAGGUUCUGUGGCAGUCCGUGCUCUACACCUUUGAGAAUUUGAAUGGAACCAUUCAGCUGUCCACGCCCAUCAAGAAGCUGCCCAUGUCCGUCCAAGUGAUGGGCAUGAAGGUGAUGCCCGUUGCACAGCAUGUGCAGAUCGAUCUGGAGUCGGUUGGCCUCAAGCUCGACUGGGACCACCAUCAGUAUGUCUCCGUGCAGGCCGGACCCCAGAUGUGGGGCAAAGUGGGUGGUCUGUGCGGCUCCCUCGAUGGCGAUCCGCACACCGACUUUGUCUCCCGCACGGGCAAGAAACUGGAGACUGUCAAGGCGUUCGCCGAUGCCUGGCGCGUCCAGGAUCACAGUGAGAUGUGCCUCGUGGAGAACAGCGCCGAGCUGGACUUUGGCAUGGAGUCCUGCGAACAGAGCAAGCUGCAGAAGGCAGUGUCAGUCUGUGAGCGCCUCCUGGCCAACGAAAAGCUGGGCGACUGCAUCAAACCCUUCAACCACGAGGCUCUUAUACGCACCUGCAUGGCCGACUAUUGCAACUGCGCCAAUCGCGAGCAUCCGGAGAGCUGCAAUUGCGACGCCAUUGCCAUGCUGGCCAAGGAGUGCGGCUUCAAGGGCAUCAAGCUGGAGCAUGGCUGGCGCAAUCUGGAGAUUUGUCCCAUCAGCUGCGGCUUUGGACGGGUCUAUCAAGCCUGCGGUCCCAAUGUGGAGCCCACCUGCGACUCGGACGUCGCACUGUCACCCAGCAGAGAGACCUGCAACGAGGGCUGCUACUGUCCCGAGGGCACGGUGCAGUACAAGGAUGCGUGCAUCACGCGCGAGCUGUGUCCCUGCACGCUGCGCGGCAAGGAGUUCAAGCCGGAGUCGACGGUAAAGAAGAACUGCAACACCUGCACCUGCAAGAACGGCCAGUGGCGAUGCACGGACGACAAAUGUGGAUCGCGGUGCGGGGCCAUCGGUGAUCCGCAUUACCAGACCUUCGAUGGGAGGCGAUACGACUUCAUGGGCAAGUGCUCGUACCAUUUGCUGAAGACGCCGAACAUGUCGGUGGAGGCGGAGAAUGUGGCCUGCUCGGGCGCCGUCUCGGAGGCCAUGAACUAUGCCGCGCCCGAUGAUCCGUCCUGCACCAAGUCGGUGACCAUUCGCUUCGUCCUUCGGGAUGGCACGCCCUCGGUUGUCAAACUGGACCAGGGGCUGACCACCCUCAUCAAUGACAAGCCCAUUGCCAAGCUGCCCAAGAUGCUGGGACGGGGCGAGGUGCUGAUCCGCAGGGCCAGCUCCACUUUCCUGACCGUCGAAUUCGCCGACGGCAUUCGCGUCUGGUGGGACGGCGUGUCGCGUGUAUAUAUCGACGCCCCGCCGAGCUGGCGGGGCCAGACACAGGGCCUGUGCGGCACCUUCAACUCCAAUACGCAGGACGAUUUCCUGACGCCCGAGGGCGAUGUGGAGACCGCCAUUGAGCCGUUUGCAGACAAGUGGCGCACCAAGGACACGUGCCAGUUCAAGGCGGAGACACACCAGGGUCCGCAUCCGUGCACGCUUAAUCCGGAGCGGAAGGAACAGGCGGAGAAGCACUGCGACUGGUUGCUGCAGGACAUCUUCCAGGACUGCCACUUCAUGGUGGAGCCGGAGAAGUUCUACGAGGACUGCCUGUACGACACGUGCGCCUGCAAGGACGAGCUGGCCAAGUGCUUCUGCCCCAUCCUGUCCGCCUAUGGCACAGAGUGCAUGCGGGAGGGUGUCAAGACGGGCUGGCGAAUGACGGUUAAGGAGUGUGCUGUGAAGUGUCCGAUGGGUCAGAUCUUCGACGAGUGCGGCGAUGGAUGUGCCCUCACAUGCGAUGAUCUGCCCAGCAAGGGGAGCUGCAAUCGGGAGUGCGUCGAGGGCUGCCGCUGUCCGCACGGGGAGUACAUCAACGACCAGGGCGAGUGUGUGCCCAAGCACAAGUGCCAGUGCAGCUUCGAUGGCAUGACCUUCCGGUCGGGCUACAAAGAGGUGCGCCCCGGGGAGAAGUUCCUCGAUCUGUGCACCUGCCAGGACGGUGUCUGGGAUUGUCAGGAUGCCGAGCCGGGCGACAAGGACAAGUAUCCGCCCUCGUCUGAGCUGCGCUCCAAGUGCUCCAAGCAGCCGUUCGCCGAGUUCACAAAGUGCGCCCCCAAAGAGCCGAAGACCUGCAAAAAUAUGGACAAGUAUGUGGCGGAUUCCACAGAGUGCCUGCCCGGCUGUGUCUGCAUGGAGGGGUAUGUGUAUGACACCUCCCGCCUGUCCUGUGUGCUGCCCACCAACUGCUCGUGCCACCAUGCCGGCAAGAGCUACGACGACGGGGAGAAGAUCAAGGAGGAUUGUAACCUGUGCGUGUGUCAGGCGGGCAACUGGAAGUGCUCAGAUAACGGCUGCGAGUCCACCUGCAGUGUGUGGGGCGAUUCGCACUUCACCACCUUCGAUGGCCAUGACUUUGACUUCCAGGGAGCCUGCGACUACGUCCUCGCCAAGGGCGUCUUCGAUAAUGGUGAUGGCUUCAGCAUAACCAUACAGAAUGUCCUUUGCGGCACUAUGGGUGUGACCUGCUCCAAGUCUCUGGAGAUUUCCCUUACUGGCCAUGCCCAGGAGUCGUUGGUCCUCAGCGCAGAUUCCGCCUACAGCACUGAUCCGAACAAGUCGCCCAUCAAGAAGCUCCGAGACAGCGUCAACUCCAAGGGACACAAUGCGUUCCACAUCUACAAGGCGGGAGUAUUCGUGGUCGUGGAGGUGAUUCCCCUCAAGCUGCAGGUCAAAUGGGACGAGGGAACACGAGUCUAUGUGAAACUGGGAAACGAGUGGCGCCACAAGGUCAGCGGACUGUGUGGCAACUACAAUGGCAACGGACUGGACGACAUGCAGACACCGUCGUUGGGCCUGGAGACCAGUCCCAUGCUCUUCGGACAUGCCUGGAAGCUGCAGCCGCAUUGCUCCGCCCCGGUGGCCCCCAUCGAUGCCUGCAAGGCGCAUCCGGAGCGCGAAACCUGGGCCCAGCUCAAGUGCGGUGCUCUUAAGUCGGAGCUGUUCGCGCAGUGCCACGCGGAGGUGCCACUGGAGCUGUAUUGGAAACGCUGCAUCUUCGAUACGUGCGCCUGCGAUCAGGGCGGCGACUGCGAGUGUUUGUGCACGGCGAUGGCUGCCUAUGCGGAUGCCUGUGCCCAGAAGGGCAUCAAUAUACGCUGGCGUUCGCAGCAUUUCUGUCCCAUGCAAUGCGAUCCCCACUGCUCGGACUACAAGUCCUGCACGCCGGCCUGCGCUGUGGAGACAUGUGACAACUUCCUGGAUCAGGGCAUCGCGGAGCGCAUGUGCAACAGGGAGAACUGCCUCGAGGGGUGCCACAUCAAACCGUGCGACGAUGGCUUCAUCUACUUGAACGACACCUACCGCGAGUGCGUGCCCAAGGCCGAGUGCAAGCCCGUGUGCAUGGUGCGGGACGGAAAGACCUACUACGAGGGCGACAUCACCUACACGGAUUCCUGUGCCACCUGUCGCUGCUCCAAGCGCAAGGAGAUCUGCAGCGGCGUCAAGUGCAACCUGCCCACGCCCAGCACGCCCGCUCCAGUCGUGGAGGGAACCACCGAGACAAUGCCAAUGGCCACGCAGAAUCAGACCAAGUGCGUCAAGGGCUGGACGAGAUGGUGCGACAAGGACAAGGACGCCUCGGACAAGAGUGUGCGGCUGAACGACGAGGAGAAGGUGCCGCGCUACGAUCGCCUGGAGAACGUCUACGGCACCUGCUUGAAGCAGUUCAUGACGAAGGUCGAGUGUCGGGUGAAGGACAGCCACGAGGCGCCCGAGCAGAUGGAUGAGAACGUGGUCUGCAACCUAGAGGAGGGUCUGCGGUGCACUGGCAAGUGCCACGACUACGAGCUGCGCGCCUUCUGCCAGUGCGACCAGGAGCCACUGCCGCCCGCCCCCAAGCCCACUGAGCGGCCCCAAAUAGGGCUGGCCUGCGAUGCUGGUGUGGUGGAGUACAAAGACUUCCCUGGCGACUGCCACAAGUUUCUGCACUGCCAGCCCAAGGGAGUGGAGGGAGGCUGGAUCUACGUGGAGCAGACCUGCGGCGAGUACAUGAUGUUCAAUCCCACGAUGUUCAUCUGCGACCACAUCGCCACUGUCCAGGAGCUGAAGCCCAGCUGUGGCAAGAAGCCCAAGCCGGAGCCGGAAUUGGAGCCCCUCCAACAUUGUCCCGAGGGCAAGGUUUGGACGGACUGUGCCAAUCAGUGCGAGCACACGUGCCACUACUACGGCAGCAUCCUGCGCAAGCGCGGCCUCUGCCAGCCCGGUGAGCACUGCAAGUCUGGCUGCGUGGACAAACUGCGGCCGGACUGCCACACGCUGGGCAAGUACUGGCGGGAUGAGGACACCUGUGUGCAUGCCGACGAGUGCCCCUGCAUGGACAAGGCCGAGCACUAUGUCCAGCCCCACAAGCCCGUCCUUGGGGAGUUUGAAGUCUGCCAGUGCAUCGACAAUGCCUUCACCUGUGUGCCCAAUAAGCCGGAUCCCAUCACUCCAAUAGAGGGAGUGCCUGAGCUGGAACCUCUGGUGCCCAUUUUACCCGUAACCCUUACCCCACCACUGCACUGCGCUUCGGAUCGGCUCGUGCCGAAGAUCGAGAAUGGCCCUCGCUCCCUGCCCGACAGCAUCUUCAAUGCCAGCUCCCAGCUGGCACCAGAACACGGCCCGGCCAAGGCUCGUCUCACCAAAAAUCAGCCACAGGGCAGCUGGUCACCCAACAUCAACGACCAAAUGCAGUAUCUCGAGCUGAAUUUCGGCCGGCCAGAGCCCUUCUAUGGAGUGGUCAUGGCGGGCAGUCCCGACUUUGACAACUAUGUGACGCUCUUUAAGAUCCUGCACAGCCAUGACGGCAUAGCCUAUCACUAUCUGGUGGACGAGACGGAAAAGCCGCAGAUGUUCAAUGGCCCCCUGGACUCUCGGGCUCCGGUUCAGACCUACUUUAAGGUGCCCAUUGAAGCGAGCUCGUUGCGCAUUUAUCCCCUGAAAUGGCACGGCUCGAUUGCCAUGCGUGUGGAGCUGCUGAUUUGCGGUGACAAGGAGGAACCCAAGCCCACCACUUCCAUCACGCCAACCAGCACGGAGCAUCCAGCGCAUUUCCAGGAAACGGAAUGCAUCGAUGAGAUGGGCGUGGAUGACGGAAAAAUGUACGCAGAUCAGGUGCAAUCGAGCAGCGUUUGGCAGCUGCCUAAGCCGGCCAAGAAGCCGGCACUGUUGGAUCUACUAAAGCUAUCGACGCCCCUGUCCUGGCGCCCUCUGUCCAAUACCCCGAAUGAAUACGUGGAGUUUGAUUUCCUGGAGCCUCGAAAUAUCUCUGGUUUUGUGACCAAGGGCGGCCCCGAUGGCUGGGUGACCGGCUACAAGGUGCUCUUCUCCAAGAAGAAGCCCAUCUGGAACACGGUGCUCUCGCCAAGCGGACAGCCGCGCAUCUUUGAGGCCAAUGUGGAUGGGGAAACCGAGCGCAGACAUCACUUUAAGCCGCUCAUACUCGCGCAGUUCCUCAAGGUGGUGCCGGCCAAGUGGGAGAGGAACAUUAACAUGCGCAUCGAGCCCCUGGGAUGCUUCAAGCCCUAUCCUGAGAUCGAGCGUCAAGUGACGGUGGACAAUAGCGCACCCAGCAAGUGCAACAUUUGCGCUGGCAUUGCAGGACCCCAGUUCAGAGCCAGCAACUGCCCAUGCCACAGCCAGCCGGCUCUCUACUGGGAUGGCAACAAUUGCGUGCAGCACAAUCUGUGCCCCUGUGUGGAGAACUACGUCAGCUAUCCGAUUGGCAACAAGUUCGAGAACUCCGCCUGCGAGGACUGUGUCUGUGUGCUCGGCGGGCACAAGAACUGCAAGCCCAAGAAGUGUGCGCCCUGUCCGGAUGCCAAACUGCGACCGGUGAUCACCAGCGAUUGCUUCUGCAAGUGCGAGCCCUGCCCCAAGCAGCAGAGAUUGUGUCCUUCCAGUGGAGACUGCAUCCCAGAGGUGCUCUGGUGCAAUGGUGUACAUGAUUGUGCGGACGAUGAGGACGCCAGUUGCACAGAUUCGUUCACUGUUCCGCGCGAACCCAUUCGGGUGAAGAAUGAGACCGAGAUCAUCACCUGUCCAGCGCCCGCUUGUCCUCCGCAAAUGAAGAUCAAAAUCAUCGAGAAGAAGGCGCGCAAGAUGUCAAAGAUGUUUACCUUCUCCAAGCAGGUGUCGAUUGUGGACGACGGCGAGACCAUCACCAAGACGAAGUUCAUAUCCUCCUCGGAACAAAUGCUGUCGAUGCCCACCCAAGAGCUGGACUUCCAGCUGGAGGAGCAGUGCAACGAGUUCACCUGUGUGCCCAUAGCCACCAAGGUGGUGGACAAGAACGAAACUGUCACCUGCUCGGAGCCCAAGUGCCCGGAGAAGUACGAUGUGGAGCUGGACAUGAGCACGGCGAAGGCGGGCGACUGCCUGAAGUACACCUGCGUCCUCAGGCCCAACAAAGACGAUGUGUGCGAGAUUAGCGGCAAGAGCUUCACCACCUUCGAUGGUACCCUGUUCAAGUACGGGCCAUGCAGCCACAUUCUGGCCAGGGACAUACACAACGGCAGCUGGUCCAUAUCGGUUCAUCAGCAGUGCACCGACGAGUCGCGCAAGAUCUGCCACAAGGUGAUCACCAUCCAGGACAUACAAGCGGGCAAUGAGCUGGUCCUGCUGCCCCACUUGAAGCUCAAGUUCAAUGGCUUCGAGUUCACGGUGCAGCAGCUCAUCAACUCGCCCAUCUGCAAGGCCUCCUUUGUGGUCAGCCAGCCGGGCAAGACCCUUCUGGCUGUUUCGACCAAAUACGGCUUCUGGAUACAACUCGAUGACAUUGGCAUCGUCAAGGUGGGCAUCUCCUCCAAGUUCAUACGCACUGUGGACGGCCUCUGCGGCUAUUACAAUGGAAAUCCCAGGGAUGACAAGCGUUCGCCAGAGGGAAAAAUCAUUGCUAACACGGAGAGCUUCGGCGACAGCUGGUACGACAAGCGAGUGCCCAAGGAACAGUGCGGGGAUCUGAAGUGCUCCAGGGAGAUGCAGGCCAAGGCGCUGCAGCAGUGCAACAUCAUUCACCAUCCCACCCUUGCCCGCUGCCACAAGGCCGUGAACUACAAGCAGUUCCUGAACAACUACUGCCUCGAGGCCGCCUGCGACUGCAUGAUGGCCAACAACGGGGAUCCGGCCGCCUGCAAGUGCAAAAUUCUGGAGAGUUUCGUCAAGAAGUGCCUCAGUGUGAAUCCGCUGGUGCAGCUGCCCACUUGGAGGGCGGUGUCUCAGUGCGAGAUCAGCUGCCCGGCGCCUCUGGUGCACACGGACUGCUACAAGCGACGCUGCGAGCCGUCGUGCGACAACAUCCAUGGCGAUGACUGCCCUGUGCUGCCCGACACCUGCUUCCCGGGCUGCUACUGUCCGGAGGGCACCGUGCGGAAGGGCCCCAACUGCGUGCCCAUCUCCGAGUGCAAGGACUGUGUGUGCAAUGCCAUCGGAGCCUCCAACUACAUGACCUACGAUCGCAAGAGCUUCAGCUUCAACGGCAACUGCACCUAUCUGCUGUCGCGCGACGUCGUCCUGCCCGGAGUCCACACAUUCCAGGUGUACGUCAGCAUGGACGAUUGCAAGAAGCUGGGACAGAGCAGUCCCGUGGACGGUGGCAGCUGCGCCAAGUCGCUGCACAUUCUCAACGGGGAUCAUGUGAUCCACGUACAGCGAGUGCCGCUGCAGCCGAAAUCCCUUCAGGUGUUGGUCGAUGGGUUCGAGGUGAAGCGGAUGCCCUACAAGGACAGCUGGAUCUCGCUGCGCCAGGUGGUGGGCAAGGAGCUCGUGCUAUCCCUGCCCGAGUCGCAUGUGGAACUAACCGCCUCGUUCGAGGAUUUGAUCUUCUCGUUGGGCGUGCCCAGCAUCAAGUACGGCAGCAAGAUGGAGGGCCUCUGCGGGGACUGUAACGGGAGCCCGGCCAAUGACUUGCAGCCCAAUCCGGCCAAGAAGAAGCCGGGCGUGGAUGCCAUCCAGAGCUGGCAGGCGGACGAGCCCAAGCUAGGACUCACCGACGCCCAAGAGUGUCUCAGCGAGGAUGUGCCCAAGGAGCAGUGCAUCCCGCUGCCGCCGGAGAAGGAUCCCUGCCUGCAGUUCUACAAUGCCGAGCUGUUCGGCAAGUGUCCGCUGGUCGUCGAUCCCAUUGCGUACGUCUCCGCGUGCCAGCAGGAUAUCUGCAAGCCGGGCAACACCCAGCAGGGAGUCUGUGUGGCUCUGGCUGCUUAUGCCAAGGAGUGCAACCAGCACGGCAUCUGCACCACGUGGCGAAGGCCGCAUCUGUGUCCCUAUGAGUGUCCCAGCGACAUGGUGUACGAGCCCUGUGGCUGUGCCAAGACCUGCGACACCGUUAAGGCCAUGUCAGAGUACGAUGCAGUAAGUCUGAAGAGCCAGACGGUCAUCCGGACGGUGAAGAGCGAUGAGAUGUGCAUCAGCUCGGAGCGCUUCGAGGGCUGCUUCUGUCCCCCCGGCCAGGUGAUGGACGCCGGCAAGUGUGUGCCGGAGAUAGCCUGCUCAAAGUGCGACGAUGGCUUGCAUUUGCCGGGCGAGAAGUGGCCAAAGGACAAGUGCACCGACUGCCAGUGCGAUGAGAACGGCAAAACGUCGUGUGUGCAGAAGAAGUGCCAGGUGGAGGAGAACAUCUGCGCCGAGGACUACAAGCCGCAGAUAAUUGUCACCAAGGAGGAGUGCUGCCCCAGAUACCGAUGUGUGCCAGAGCCCAAGGAUCCUGCCAAACUGUGUCUGGCGCCUAUGAUGCCUGUCUGCGGUCCGGGACAGUUUAAGAAGCAGAAGAACGACGUCAAUGGCUGUCCUCAAUACAUUUGCGAAUGCAAACCAAAGGAAGAGUGUGAGGUGCUGAAGCCGCCGCGGGAGCUGAUGCCCGGCGAGAAGCUAGUCAAGAUUGAGGAGGGUUGCUGCCCCACUCAGAAGAUCAUCUGCCAGACAGAGCUGUGUCCCAAGGCGCCCAUCAGUUGUCCAGAGCGAUUCUACGAAGUGAAGACCACAAAGGAAAUCGAUGAGUGCUGUUCCACCCACUCCUGUGUGCCGCCGAAGAAUCUGUGCAUUGUCCAGUACGAGCUGGAGGACUCAUCAAAGUUCACCAAGCAGGUGGGCGAGAAGUGGACUCAUGCCAAGGAUGUGUGCAAGCGCGAGACCUGUUCGUAUGGCCCCGAUGGCAAUGCACAGGUGCUCAGCACUCUGGAGAUGUGCUCGACGGACUGUGCUCCUGGCUUCAGCUAUCAGAGCCUGGAUAAGAGCAAGUGCUGUGGAAAAUGCAUCCAAACCGCCUGUGUGUUCGAGCAGAAGUUGUACGCAGUCAAUGAUCUGUGGAAAUCGGCGGAUAACUGCACGCACUACAGCUGCCUGAAGAAGGAUGGCCAGCUGAUGGUCACAUCCUCGCAGGAGAUCUGUCCGGUUGUGACCGACUGUCUGUCCCAUCUCCUGUACCAGAAUGGCUGCUGUAAGCGCUGCAAACUGGAGCCGAAGCCGGAAGACAAAUCCACUUGUUUGCCCGUGUCCUUGGCCGAGUCACAGACCAAGGAAAUCCUCAAGUUCCCCAAGCCCGGUCAUGGGGUCUGUGUCAAUGCCGAACCUAUUAAGGGCUUUACCGACUGCCAGGGCGCCUGCUCGUCCGGAUCCAAGUACAACAGCCUCACCGACAUGCACGAGAAGUUCUGCACUUGCUGCAGCAUCAAGUCCUACCAAGCGAUCUCAGUGAAAAUGGUCUGCCAAGACGGUCACACGUACAGCCAAAGGCACGAGGUGCCCGCCAACUGUGGCUGCUCGCCCUGCUCCGAGCUCUCGGACCCACCGAUCGAUAUGCGAAUGCUGCCGGACGUGCAGUCUCCACUGCUGGCGCUGCUCGGAAAUCAUCAGCACAUCUAAAUGAGCUAGUUGCAUAUGUUUAAGUUAGUAAAGUGAAUUGAGCAUUCAAAAUAUA